AUGGCGCGCCGGACAUUCAUGGAGAACAGGGUGCGCAUGAUAGUGGACAGCAAGGCGGCGGGGGUGGACGUGUUGCAUCAGGGCGCGCUGCCGGGAGGGCUGUCUCUGGCACACAGCACGGUGCGCAUGGUGCGGUCGUGCCACCGCGAGUACAUGGCCAACAUGGGCACGCUUGCAUCGUUGGUUCUAGCUAUCACCGUCAGCACCGGUGAAGCAGGGGCGGCAGCAGCUGCAGCAGCGGCACCACCCAAUGAUGUCGCCGGGGCUGGGAAGGCGGUUCGGGCCGAGCCUGGGCGGCGGCUGUGGGGGCUGGUGGUGUGCCACCAUUGCUCGCCCUGCAUGGUGCCCUACCCCACUCGCUCCGCCUGCGAGUUUCUUGUCCAGGUGUUUGCGGUGCAGCUGAGCAAGGAGAUGGACCUGGCGAAUCAGCUCAAGGCGAAGCACGCACUGAAGAUGCAGACGCUGCUGUGCGACAUGCUCAUGCGCGAGCCGCCUGUUGCCCUCGUCACCAAGACACCCAACAUCAGCGACCUUGUUCACUGUGACGGCGCUGCGUUACUGUACAAUGGCCGUUGUUGGAGACUGGGGUCUACCCCUUCUGAGCCCCAGGUUCUCAACAUAGCAGAGUGGCUGUUGACGCACCACAGCGACUCCACGGGGUUCAGCACCGACUCACUGCUCAAUGCUGGCUACCCCCACGCGUCUGACCUGGGCGAGGAGGUGUGCGGACUCAUUGCGGUGAAGUUCAGCGAUAAGGACUUCCUCAUGUGGUUCCGGGCGCAUGCAGCGAAGGAGGUGAAGUGGGGAGGCGAGAAGCACGACCCGCUAGACGUGGAUGACCCCACACGCAUGCACCCUCGCACCUCCUUCAAGGCCUUCCUGGAGACGGUGCACAUGCGCUCACAGCCCUGGGAGGACGUUGAAAUGGAUGCUGUUCACAGCCUGCAACUAAUUCUGCGCUCUGCCCUACAGGAGCACGACGAGGUGAAGCGGCGGCAGCUGAUGCUAGCUCGAGUGGCGGAGCUGCGGCUGCAGAGCAUGGACGAGAUCAACCAGGUGGCCAAUGAGACGGUGCGCAUCAUUGAGACCGCCACCGUGCCCAUCCUGGGCGUCAACCGCAACGGCCAGAUCAACGGCUGGAACAUGCAGAUCGCCAAGCUCACCGGCGUACCAGUGGAGGAGGCGAUGGGGCGGUCGUUCCUGCAGGAGCUGGUGGCGGAGGAGAGCAAGGCGGACACACAGAGACUGCUUGUGUCGUCCCUACAAGGUCGAGAAGAGUCGGACGUGGAAAUACGUCUCAAGGUGUGGCGCAGCGGCGUGCCAGCGGGCGUGCUGAUCAUGCUUGUGAACAGCUGUGCCAACCGGGACAUUCACAACCAGAUCGUGGGCGUGUGCCUCGUGGGGCAGGAUAUCACCACUCAGAAGAUCGUCAUGGAUCGGUACAUCCGGUGCGAGGGGGACUACCGCACCAUCGUCCACUCCCCCAACCCGCUCAUCCCGCCCAUCUUUGGAAUGGACGAGUACGGCAUCUGCAGCGAGUGGAACACUGGCAUGAGCCGCCUCACGGGGCUGGGCCGCGGGGACGUGCUGGGUAGGCUGCUGCUGGGGGAGGUGUUUGGGCUCGACAUGGCCAUGCUGAUGCUGCGGGACGAGGAUGCCAUGACUGAGCUGGAGAUCGUGGUGAACUGCGCCAUGGAGGGGCACGAGGACACGAGUAACCAUCCUUUCUCCUUCUUCGCCAGAGAUGGCAAGCUGCAGGAGGUACUUCUCACAGUGAGCAAGCGCACGGACGUGGAUGGGCGCAUAACGGGCGUCUUCUGCUUCCUUCACUCCAUGAACCGCGAGGUGCAGGAGGCCCUUAAAGCCCAGGCCGCCGCCGAAACCGCCGCACAGGCCCGCAUAGCCCAAUCAGACGUGGCCAGAGAAAGCCUCCGAGCGCCCCUUGAUGGGCUAGCCUUCAUCCGCCUGUCUCUGCAGCGGUCUGCCAGCCUCUCACCCGACCAGGUUCAGCUGCUUGAAACUGCCGCUGCGCUGGAAGAGCAGAUGAGAACGAUUCUGGCCGAUAUGGCAGAUUUGAAUGCGGUGGAGGAGGGUUAUUUAGACGUGCAGCGGGUGGAAUUCUCCCUAGUCUCGGUGCUGAAUGCAUCUCUGAGCCAGGCGUCAGGAGCAGCGAUCGCCAAGGGGCAACAACUGCUCAAGCUAGAAGCGCCGAUGAGAGGAGCUGCCGAUGUGCCGCCCCCGCAGGGGCACCCGUCGGCUGAACGGUUCAGAUUCACCGUGGCGCAUUCAGGGGAUGGCGUGCCGGGGCCGCUGGUGCAGGUGCUGGUGGGGAGGGGGGGCGUGGCGGCGACAGGGUUGCAGGGCAUGGCGCUGCGGUUGUGUCGGAGGCUGGUGCAUCUGCUGGGUGGGGAACUGGGGUACGCGUUUGAGAGCGGGCGGUGUUGCUUUAGAUUGGAUCUGCAGCUACCGGUUAAGCACAAGGCUGAGGCAACGGCUGGGAGUAGAGCAUAA